AUGAUCGUGUCACGGUUGUCAGCUGCAAAGAAACUUCAUAUGCUAGGUGGAGAAAGCAUAAGGUUUUCUGAAGGAUACAAACUGGAAAAAAAAUACAUGGGUCUGAUGAGAGAUCAAGGAGGCCAUGACACUUGUUGGGCUGUUGUAACUGCAGAGUUGAUUAGUGCCAUAAGAUUCAUUCUAAAGUAUGACACUAAGUACACUGAGUACUCUGCUCAGUAUUUGGUGGAUUAUGCUGACCCGGCAAAGGCGUCGGUGAACUAUGCAAAGAAACGGCAUUAUUGCUAUACUUACUCUGUUGCUAAAGGCUUAGAUUUUGUACUGGACGGAGGUAUACCAACAGAAGCCCAUUGGAAAUACGAGGGUUGUAGGAAACCGCCAGCUUACCGUCUACCAAAGGAUCAAGCUCAUGUUCACAUUGCUUCUGUUCAGCGAUUUCCAUCUGUAGAUGAGAUGUUAUACCACUUGCAGUUUCAUCCUAUUGGAGCAUCUUUGGCUCUGUUCUUACCAGAUUAUUCCACUGUCAGAAAGGGAAUUUACAGAGGGCCUACAUCCAACGAAUCUGUGUUUAAAGCUCUUCAUGCGGUCUCCAUAUAUGGCAUUGAAGUGGUAAAUGGAGAAACCAUUGCACUUGUGAAAUCUACUCACGGUGAAGAACUCGGAGAUGGUGGUUAUUUCAGAGUAUCUCUAGAUACAAUGAUAGUUGAGGUGCCAUGCAAGGGCAAAACUGCUCAUCGCGAUUUAGCACAACCAUGCCGUUUGCUCUCUCGCUUUUGUUUCCCGAAACUUCCACCUAGACAAGUUUGA